UUCCGGACACAUGGUGCAGAGUGGGCGUGCCCAGGGCGCUGAUGUAAACACACAAUACGCCUCAUCCCUCCGUCGGAUAAGUCACAGUGGACUGAAUUGGUGAGAUUAACCCAAAAUAGCCGCCGUCGGUCCGGGAAAACGCUCCGUGUAAUAUGCGUUAGAGCGCAGUCAGGCGACGCCAUGGACUUCUACAUCAACCUGAAGGUGAAUUUCAGAGGAAAUUCCAAGAAUUUCCUCCUGUCGGGAUCCGAGACCAAGAGCUGGGAGUCGAUGGAGGCCAUGGUGAAGCGUUCCUUCGGCCUGUGCAGCCUUCAGCUUACGUAUUUUGAUGAGGAGAAUGAAGAGGUGUCCAUUAACAGCCAGGUGGAAUAUGAGGAGGCUUUGAAGAGCGCAGCCAGGCAAGGGAACCGACUCCACAUGAAUGUGUACGAGACCCGAGGACAGCCGGCCAGGGUCCCCACCACCAAGGCCAGCGGAACAGAGCCAAAGAGGGGCUUCAGACCCCCCCAGCACUGCCCGGCCCUGGCUCAGGUGGUCAGCCGCAAGGUCCAGGCCGCCGUGCCAGAACAGGGCAUGGUUAUUAUGAAGGAGGUGAAAGGGACCAAAGAGGAGGACAAGACUCCCCCCGCCUGGUUCACCUCGUACAUGGAGAAGUUUAAGGACCAGGUGGUUCGCGAGGCGGUGGAGAAGAUCUGCCGGGAGUUCUCUGGGCAGUGCUGCAUCCACAAGCCCCUGGGCGGAGGGGGAGCAGUAGCAGGAGGAGCAGGGGUCAUGGGGGGAGGUAGAGCGGAAGCGGUGGGAGGCGCCGACACCCAGCAGGUCCCUGAGGUGUCCUCCUCCACCCUGCCCGGAGCUCCAUCCUCUUCCACUCCUCCCUGCUCUUCCUGCAGGGGGCAGACCACCGGAGGAGGCUACCAGUGCAGUGUAUGUACGUCCUGCACUCUGUGCGAGCCGUGCAGCUUCUCUCAUGAUCCCAGUCACAACCUGGUGAGAGCCAGGACCCCUCUGUCCAUCCCGGAGCACGGAUCACCGGCCCCCGAUCACAGCAGGUUCUACAGGCGAGGCGACCGCAGUUUCCGGAAGGCAGAGAAGCAGCGUCUGAAAGCGGAGAAGCGCCUGCUGAAGGCCGAGGUCAAAGAGAUCCGGAAACAGCUGAGGAUGGAGAGGCGGGGCAUACAGUGGAGCUCCUCCCACAGAGACGGAAGCUCCUCCCCUGUUCUGCUGCAGCCUCGCGCCACCCAGCACAACAGCCCAGAGCGCCCAAAGCGCCCCUGUCCUCUGGUGGUUCCAGCCAUGACGGCCACAUUUCUGGACGAGAACCUCCCCGAUGGAACCCGACUGCGCCCUGGGACCAAGUUUAUCAAGUACUGGAAGAUGAGGAACACUGGGACCAUCAGCUGGAGCGCUGAUACCAAGCUGAAGUUCAUGUGGGGAAACCUGGCAGUGGGAUCUGGCGACCGUUGGAGAGAAGUGUCCGUUCCCUUCCUUCAGCCGGGACAGGUUGGGAUAGUGAGCGUUGCACUGUGUGCUCCCACUGUGGAGGGCUCCUACACCUCCCACUGGCGCCUGGCCCACGCCGGAGAGCAGUUCGGGCCGAGAGUGUGGUGCAGCAUCGUGGUCGACCCUCUGGCUCCGGCGCCCAUGAUGGCUGAUGGAAUACUCGUGUCGCCCUGUGUCACACCGCAGGGAAAGAACCCGGUUUCCAAGGAUGGAAAAACCUGCACAACAGCUAGGGAGCAACCUUUAAUGUCAGUGGACCAAGAAGAAUACUACAUCCCCUCUGUAGACCUACUCACUGCACAGGAUCUCCUGUCCUUCGAACUGUUGGACAUCAACAUUGUCCAAGAGUUGGAGAGCGUCCCAAACAACACCCCUGCUGACAUGACUCCCUGCAUGUCCCCUUUGCCUCAAGAUGGCCACCUCCAGGAUAAGGGUAGCCCAUCAUUGGGUCUGAUCCAGGAAGAGACUGAGAUCAUCAAUAGCAUCAUGGAUGUGCCACAUGCGACGGGACCUGGAGCUGAAGGUGGCGGGGUCCCAGCUCAGGAGGAAGGAGAGGACGACAUCAGUGGGACACAGUUUGUUUGUGAGACUGUGAUUCGCUCAAUGACACUGGAGGAGGCCCCCGACCACGCGCCUCUGAGAGGGUCCCGUCCGGGGACAGUCGUGCGUCCGGCUGCUCAGGGUGGUUCCUCCUCUUUAUCCUGCGUGAAGAGUAAAACCCAGAAAACAGAGGAGAGCCCCGACAGCAGCACCGGCAGCGCAAACAACCCCCUGAAACCGCCAGCCACUCUCAAGGCAUCCCUCCCUUCCCCGCUGAAAGCCUCCCUGCCUGCUCCGCUGUCUGUGGCCCCGACGUCUGUGCCCGGCCCCAGCUCGGCGCCGACCCCGCUGCACGUUCUGCCCAGGGCCUCCACAGUGCAGGAGCACACAGCCGCAGGUGAAGUUGAAGAGUCCCACAUCGAGAGCAUCCGUGAAGAAUCCGGGGUUGAGGAUAGAGAGAAGGAGCCGGAGGAGGAGAAGGAGAAAGAGGGAGGGGAGAAGAGAGAAGGGAGGAGUCGGUCCUCUUCCACCUCCUCAGAGGAUUACAUAAUCAUCCUCCCAGAUUGCUUUGACACGAGUCGGCCGCUGGGGGAGUCAAUGUACAGCUCUGCUCUGUCCCAACCUGGUGACAUCCCAGCCCAGACCCCCGCAGACCCAGACACCCCAUCUUCUGACCAUCCGGGUAGCGCCGAUGCAGAGCCAGAGCUGGAUGAGGCGGGUGAAGCUGCUGCAACCCUAGGGACGGAGUUGCUGGGAGCCAGCAGUGCCAACGACAUGCUCUGUACAUCUCAGACACUGGACGACGAGCCACUGACACCUGAAGUGGUGGCGCCACCUAAAGCCAUCGUCACACCGAGUCCAGAGAGCAGUGGAGAAGCAGACGUCGAUGCUUCUGAUGCCGGUGAAGGAGCAGAGGGCUCUGAACUGUACCAGAACGAGGAUGCUUCUGGUCCUGAACAAACUGAGACUGGCGAUACUGAAGCUACUGAGAACGCAGAGGCGGAUGACCCUGAAGACCCCAGGCACCCAGGAAUCACCAGUGGCUUAGUUAAAGGAGCUCUGUCAGUAGCUGCCUCUGCCUACAAAGCCUUGUUUACUGGCCAAGGCCCCACACAGCCUCCAGUGGAUGCCUCCACACAGGAGACCAUGAUGGCUGUGUUGGUGGAGAUGGGAUUCGGGGACCGGCCGCUGAACCAGCGGCUGCUGAAGAAACACAACUACAACCUGCUGGACGUGGUCAACGAGCUUGUUCAGAUGACCGACAAUGACUGGUACUCCACGCGCUACUAACCAGAGAGAGGAAGAAGUGGAGGAGGAACAGAAAUGGAGAAGGAGAAGAAACACAAAGUGGUUAAAGGGAGACUGGAGGAGGGAAAUUAAUUUGUGCUUGUCCACCUUUUCUUCCUCCGACCGCCCAUUUCUCCUCUGCAGUUGGACGGAGUACAGCAUUCUGCAACAUAAAAAGGAACAUUCUACCAAACUCUAUGGAAUCCUAUACUAGACCGUCAAACCCCCAUGAUCCGUCAUAUUACUCUCAGUGUAGAUCUUGAUUGUGCCAGGUGUCCGGGUGUACCACUCCAAGAGAGGAAGAAAGAUCCAUUUUAGGUCUCAAGAGGAGCUAUGUGUAGCAUUUCGAAAAGUGAAAACCACAUUGGUUUCUUUGUUUUGAAAGCGUAUGAGCUUAGAAGGGUAAUGAAACCUCAAAUUUAAGUUGUGUUAGCUGCAAAAAGUAAAUGUAUGGAAAUAUAUAAUGCUACAUUUAGCACCUUCCUUCCCUUUUGUGACAUGAUGAGGAAAUACUACGCAAUGAGAUCACAUCUGCACUGAGGACGUCCACAUCAUAGGACUGUGCACACAAGUUAGUGAGACGUAGAUUGAAACUCCACUGAGAAUUUAUGAUCUGCUUUUGCCAAAACACCAAGCAACUUGUCAUGCUCAUGUACCUGCUUUAGGCGCAACAUUUGCGUGUGCUCACUGGUUAUAUUUAACCAACCGUUCCAAUCACGUUACACAAACGCUACGUAGGGUGGCACUCACUUGACUGCACUGGGUAGUUGAUAAACUAAAGUAGUUGGUGAGUUGAUGGCCGUCACAUUAGCUUUCCAAGCUAGCGGUGAGUUUGCACAUUCUGUUCAAAAUAUUUGAAAGAGACAUUUGGAAUUAGUGACACUCUCUCAUAAAAAAUAUUUAAAUUUAACACCAGUUAAAAACAAGUGCUUGGUUUUCCUUGGAAUGAAUCAUUUGAUUGCAGAUUAUAUUGAUGUAAAUUGCUGGUGUGGCCUGAAAGCUUUAGAUGUGGGGGUGAUUCGGGUAUUUAUGUGUUAUACAUGCAUAAUUUUCUCCAGUAUUUACUAAUGGCUGAAAUUAAGCUAAAAUAUAGCUUUGGUUCGCAGAAAUUGGCAAUGUCUGUUGAGUCUGGUCUAGACUACACAAAGGGUUGAGGUCAAUAGGGUCAACGCUACACGUAACACUAAGUAGAGUCAGGUUUUGUUGGGAGACAUUACUCACUAAACCUGAAGAUGAUAAAACUAGUCACUUUACAAAGACAACUUUUAUUAUGUUUGCUUUUUGGGCAGGAUGGCAAUCCAGUAGGCAGGAAUGCUUUGUAUCUUCAUUUGCCAGGUAUUUAAAUCAGUGCUAUCCAAAAACAGACAUUCCUUUUGCUUUUUUAUUUGUUGUUUUGCCAAAAUUAGUUUUCGUCAAAUCAAUUUGAAUAUAUUGCGUUACUCAAAAACUUACAUUCACCAACGGAAGAAGAAAUCCACAUUGCCUAUGAACCUUCAUAGGCUAAACAUUCAAGCUGGUAAAUAACAAAAAAAAAACAUCAUGAGGCUUGGAGCUUGGUGUAACGUUGAUUAUAAGUAGCCACUGUGGUUGAAGAAUAGUAUAUUUUGUCUUAUGUCUGUCUUAAAAUAUUUUUUGUUUUAUAACUUUUGUCAAUCACUGGAGGCUAUACAGGAGCCAGUAGAUGAUUAGAUGACCACUGAAAACUGCAAAACAUUCCUUUAGGUUACUUUGGAUUUGUAGUAUUUGCACUUAAAAACUUAACAGACACAGGGACCAUUCAGUCAGCAUUAAACCUUCCUCUUACCAUUGACUUCCUGCUCUUGCACACCUCCUUGACAUUGUACAAUGUCUUUGUUGUCCUGAACAUGUUACCUGGCUCAGACAACUAGUAUUCUGAAGGUCUUGCUGUUCUUUAAAUUUCAAGUGUCCCUAGGUUUUCCUGGUAGCCCCAUUUGAAGGUGCAUUUCACCUUGCUGGAUCCUAAUUUUGACAAUCAUAUUAGAUCCCCUGAUUGGUUGAGUUAUAAAGUUUAUCAAUCACAGCCUUCUUCGGUUCUGCCCUAUUACUUUGGAUUUGUGGUAUUUGCACUUAAAAGCCUAUCAGAGACAGGAGCCAUUCAUUCAGCAUGAAAUCUUAUUCUUACCACUGACUUCCUCCUCUUGCAUGUCCUGAACAUGCUAGAUGGCUCAGAAAAUAAGUAUUUUGAAGGUCUUGCUGUUCUCUAAAUGUGAAGUGUUCCUAGCUUUUCUGGGCGGCCCCAUCUGAAGAUGCAUUUCACCUGGCUGGAUCCUAAUUCUGAUGAUCAUAUUAGAUCACCUGAUUGGUUGAGUUAUAAAAUUUAUCAGUCACAACCAUUGACUUCCUCCUCUUGCACACAUCUUCUUAACAUCGCACAAUGUCUUUGUUGUCCCAGAUAUGUUAGCUGCCUCUGAUGGUCUUGCUGUUCUUUAAAUGUCAAGUGUCCCUAGCUUUUACAGGUGGCCCCAUUCGAAGGUGCAUUUCACCUGUCAGGAUCCUUAUUUUGAUGAUCAUAUUAGAUCUCCUGAUUGGUUGAGUUAUAAAGUUUAUCAGUCACAACCAUUGACUUCCUCCACUUGCACACAUGCUCUUAACAUUACAAUGUCUUUGUUGUCCCAGAUACGUUAGCUGGCUCAGACAAUAAGUAUUAUGAAGGUCUUGCUGUUCUUUAAAUGUGAAGUGUCCCUUGCUUUUCAGGGUGGCCCCAUUUGAAGGUGCAUUUCACCUGUCUGGAUCCUAAUUUUGACGAUGAUAUUACGUCGCCUGAUUGAUUGAGUUAUAAAGUUUAUCAGUCACAACCUUCAUCAGUUCUGCCGCAUGUUACAUAGUAUUUGCACUUAAAAGCUUGCCACACACAGGGACCACCAUUCAGCAUUUCAUCUUACCAUCGACUUCCUCCUCUUGCACACAUCUUCUUGACAUUGCACAAUGUCUUUGUUGUCCCAGAUAUGUUUGCUGGUUUAGACAACAAGUAUUCUGAAAGUCUUGCUAUUCUUUAAAUGUCAAGUGUCCCUAGCUUUUCAGGUGACCCCAAUUGUGCGAUAACCUUAGAUUGCCCACGUGGUUGAGCUAAGUUUAUCAGACGAAACCUUCUUCAAUUCUGCCAUAGGAAAAUUGGUUUAAUGUUGUCUUCAAAGGAAGUGUAGCAUGAGCAGCAUGUAAGCAGAGCAGUAGCAGCUUUGGUGAUCACUCUGGCACAGUAUUCAGCUGUAAGUCACCUGCAUUUUGGAAGCACUCAGAAUCCUACACAGAGUUCUUGUAGUUAAACAGAUAAAAAAGGAAAGGGAAAUGGUCUGAAGCCAAAGUCUGGUGUGUUUGGUUUGUUUGUGGGCAGGUGCAAAGUGUUGGGGUUGAUCGCAACCUACUAUAACAAACCAACCUAGAGUAGAUAAUGGGUUUCAGCAUGAAGAAAAACAUUCGCAAAGAUGGAAACGCAUUCUUCAACACAUGUGUUAUAGAUUUCUACGGAAACAUGAUUUAAAAAAAAAAAACAAGUAAAACAUAGGUGUGUUGAGCACAUGUCCUACUUUGGCGUUUCCUUAAAAAAGUAGCGACUGUAACAUUGCAGUAAAAUGUGCCUCUUUUACAUCUUUUUUCUACACGUUUGUCAUUAUUCAAAGGGUGCUCACGAUGCAAGGUAACACCACAAACGUAAGUUAAGGAAGUUAAAACAUUUGACAUGUGUUUCCUUGUGACCAAGAUCUUCACAAAUCCGAAACUGAAGGCCUCUUAAAGGGACUGUUCGCUUAAAUAGGGCACAUCUUCAGAUGUCUAUGCUGAGUUGAAUCCUUUCAAUGUGAUAUGUGUUCAUAUCAUUUUGUUAGCUGUUUUAAUGCUUCUUUGGUUGUUGCGGCCAACACUCCACCCAGGAUGUGUACUUUCUUCGCCAGAGUACGUUACACAAGAGUGUAUAAUGUAAGGUCAUUCUGAACUCUUUAACUGGAAUGUGUGUUAACAGUGUGAAAUGUGUGUUGUUUUUCCUUCAAAGACGUAUGAAUAUAUACAGAGCCUCUGUUGACUUGGUUAGUCACAGAAUUGAAAAUGUGUUUUGCUUUGAAUGCUUGAAGGUUGUUUGGUAAUGUAAAAAAAAAUAAUAAUAAUCUAUAUAAUAAUGAGCUAUGUAUGUUGUACUUUUAGGCUUAUUGUGUGGUGGUUGAAACUGCUCUGCUGUGUAAGUGUUAGUGUUUUUUUUUGUUUGUUUGUUUUUCGGUAAGAAAUGUUACCAGAUUGAUUUAAGAUUGUCUUUUUUUUCAUUUGCACAUGAGAGAACUUGAAAGAUUUGGGUUUGGACUUAAAGACAUAAUUAAAAAAAAAAACGGCACUUGUUGUAGGAUUAUGAUGAAUUAUGUAUGUUACCUAACACCACUGCUGCAAAUUCAAAUAAAAAUGUCUGUUAGAGAUGCAA